GGGCCCGUUCGGCCAUGAGAACUAUUCACUUUUUCCUGGAAUAAUUUUUGACUUUAUAGAUUGAAUCCAACACUUCACACUUGUUGUCUGAUCCCUGAUCUGCUAGAUAAGAAAUGAUGGAGUCAGAUCUGGGUAAGCUAUUCAUAGGUGGGAUUUCUUGGGACACGGAUGAGGAUCGUCUUAAAGAAUAUUUCAGGUCAUAUGGAGAAGUGGUGGAAGCUGUGAUCAUGAGGGAUCGUAAUACUGGUCGUGCUCGUGGUUUUGGUUUUGUUGUCUUUGCCGAUCCUACUGUUGCUGAAAGAGUAGUUAAGGAGAAACAUAUGAUUGACGGGCGAACGGUUGAGGCAAAGAAGGCUGUUCCUAGGGAUGAUCAACAAAUAAUAAAUAGAAACAAUAGCAGCAUUCAAGGAUCUCCAGGUCCUGGACGCACAAAAAAGAUAUUCGUAGGAGGCUUAGCAUCUACCGUUACCGAGAGUGAUUUCAAGACAUAUUUCGAUCAGUUUGGUACAAUUACAGAUGUCGUAGUGAUGUAUGACCAUAAUACUCAGAGGCCAAGAGGAUUUGGAUUUAUAACUUAUGAUUUGGAAGAAGCAGUUGAUAGGGCAUUGUAUAAGACUUUUCAUGAACUAAAUGGUAAAAUGGUUGAAGUAAAGCGGGCCGUGCCGAAGGAGCUAUCUCCCGCACUGGGCCCCCGCAGCCCGCUCGUGGGAUACAAUUACGGACUCAAUAGAGCCAACAAUAUCCUCAACAAUUAUGCUGCUCAGGGGUAUAAUCUAGCAUCGGUUGGAGGAUACGGGGUCCGCAUGGAUGGAAGGUUUAGUCCAGUUGCCGGUGCUCGUGCUGGUUUCUCUCAGUUUGCUUCUCCAGCUUAUGGAAUGGGUGUAAAUUUGGACCCAGCUUUGAGCCCUACAUUUGCAGGAGCGUCCAACUUUAACAAUAAUCUUGGUUAUGGGCGAAUACUGAACCCGUAUUUUGGUGGAAAUUCAAGCAGAUACAGUCCUACUCCUAUUGGAUAUAGCACAAGCGGAAAUAGAGGGGAUUCUUUUCUAAGCUCCCCUACCAGGAAUUUAUGGGGAAAUAUUGGCCUUGGCCUCAACACUUCAGCAAAUUCUGGUGGGCCAGGUUCAUUUGUGGGGUCCGGAAGUGGAAAUUAUGGCGUCUUCGCGAAUAACAGUGCUAAUUGGGGUUCUCUUAUUUCUGCUCCGGGUGGUAAUUCUUCUGGAUAUGGUGGUGGGAAUAAUUAUGGGCUGGGAUCUGGAGGACUUGGAAGAAACAAUGCAGCGGGUCCUGCUACAACUUCAUCGUUUACAGUAUCAACUGGUGUUACUUACGAGGGGUCUUAUGGAGAUCAAUUCCGGGGCGGUGCUUCGGUGUAUGGUGAUCGAACUUGGCAAGGUGUUUCUUCUGAUGCAGAUGGUUCUAGUUCAUGUGAAUAUGGUCUUGGAAAUCCAGCAGAUGUUUCAGCUAAAGAUUCUGAGGAUUAUAUCGGAAAUUAUAGUAUUGCAAAUAGACAAUCGAAUAGAGGAAUUGCAGCAUAGAAGAUUUCGUUAUUUGGAUAUCUGAAGAUACUUAGGAGAACAGACUUAAGAGAAAGAAGUUGAAGUUGAUGUUCAUAGUACCCCUCACAAUAUAUAGCUAUACUAUAUAUAUUUCGGAUAUAAGAAAACUGAUCUAUAGAGCUAGCAAGGCGAUUGGCUGAAAGUAUCAAUAUAGUAAAAGCAAUAGGCUCGUUUUUCAGCACUCGAUCGAGAUGUAUAUCAGAUUGCAGAGGUAUACAUGAUACCGUCUAUUGUAGCUGAUGUGUUUGUGCACCCCACGAUAAGAUCAGUAGUACCUCUGGUACUAUGUUGAGAGUUAGAGUUGUCAUUUUUUAUAUUCUUUUUUCUCUUUUUUAACGUUUUGUUCACUUAGAGUAACCGGCAAAGUUGCCGGUGUUUGUUCUUAUAGUUCCCCUCUUUUUUCUGGGAUUUGCAUUUCUUUUCAGAUUGUAUGUGAGAUCAUGUUUGAUUUACUAGUGUGAAACAAUUAGGGAUACCAACUUAGGAUCCCAUCAAAUAAGUACUGAAUAUUUUGAUUUAUUUGACACUUGCAGAUUUUGUAAACAAUGUAUUUGAAGCUUUAUGUUUGUGUA